AUGGCCGACUGGUCGCAGCUCAAAGUCGUCGACCUCAGAGCAGAGCUCAAGAGUCGCGGUCUGCCCUAUGCCGGCCUCAAGGCAGAGCUAGUUGCGCGACUCGAGGCUGCCGACAAAGAGGCCGAGCAGGGGGAAGGCGAGAACCCACCUGAAGAGCCCAAUGAACCGGUAGCUGUCGAAGAGGACAAUGUCGAGAAAGACAAUGUCGAGGCCGCACAGCCUUCUCCCGCGAGGGACCCUACUCCAGCGGUCGAGCAAACGGCCGAUCACGCCCAGGAAGCCAAGCCUGCGCAGCCAACCGAGGAGCGCAUUGCGUCUCCAGUUCCUGUUCCAGCUCCAGCUCCAGCUGAACCUGAGUCUGAGCCAGCUGAGCCAAUUGCUGAGAACCCUUCUGAAGCUCUAGAGGGCGAUGCUGGCCAGGCUCGUGAGGCGGCUGUUGACAGUCACCCGCCAGCUGGCAACGAAAAAGAACAGCCCCUUGAGAGAACUGCUUCUCCCGCGCCCAAAGAACCCACACAAGAACCCACGCAGGAGCCCUCACAGGUUCCCACUGCAGAGGCUUCCAUUGAACCAACGCCGGAAGCCCAGAAACGCAAGCGACGUUCUCACAGCCCACUUCCCACCGAAGAAGAGAUUGCACAAAAACGUGCACGCGUCGAUAACAUCACGCACGAGGAUAAUGCCCCCGUCGCAGAAAAACCGAACGAGGCGGAUAUUGCCAUGACAACUGCUUCGCACGAAGAACAGCCCUCUGCUAUGGAAGACGUUCAGCCCGUCGAGACGGAGAGGAGCGUGGAGCCGGCGAUGCACUACCCUACUACUGCAAUCUACAUCAGCAAUCUGAUGCGCCCAUUGCGCCCCGAUGAUCUCCAGAACCAUCUCGUCAGCCUUGCUGCCACGAAUGAUUCCGACACCGCAAAGGACCCCAUUCUCAGAUUUUACCUGGAUCAGAUCCGUACUCAUGCCUUUGUCACCUUUGACUCGGCGGCCACCGCCCUACGAGUUCGCACAGCACUGCACGACACCGUCUGGCCGAAUGAGAGCAACCGCAAGGCGUUGUCAGUAGACUUUGUUCCCUCCGAAAAAGUCGAUGAAUGGAUCGAGAUGGAAGAGGCUGGCGGUAGACGUUCGUCGAUUCGUUGGCAGGUGGCUUAUACCGAUGGACCUGAUGUCCAAGCUUCAUUGGUGGAGUCUGCAUUUGCGUCGAGAGCAGGACAGCCGGAACCGCCCGCUGCUGCUAGACCACCGCUGCCGCUUGGAAGUUCCAAUGCUAUGCCCAUUGGACCUCGGGCGCAGCGUGGCCGCGACCAGUAUCGUGAGGAUGAGGGCGAGGGCGAUCGCUCUCGAGGAAGAGAUGCUGAAGGUGACCGCAGCCGACAGUGGGAUUCCGAGACCAUGCGCCCGCCGCCUACCGGACCACGAGGCAGACGAGCAGGUCCGCGAUCUACUGUUAGCUCUCUGGACCAUGUUGUUGAAAGGACCAAGGCUCGUCCUCAUAUUCCAUUCCAGGCCGUAGCAGAGAGUGUCGCCCGCCGCCGUCUAGACAACAUUUCGGUCUACAGCAAUGAAGACCCGAGUCCUCACUUCAACUCCAACCGCUACUCCUUUGAAGGCGGCGACAACUUUGUGGAUCGCGGCAGGGAGAUUUUCGAAGGCAUUCGACCUCCUCAUCGUGAAGCUGAACGCCGUGGCGGACGCGGAAGCGGGCCUCGGCAGCGAAGAGGAACGCCGCCUUUCCGGUCUCGAGGCGACCGAUAUGUCCCCAGCGGACCAGGCCCCAGCCGACGCACCGGUGGUGGGUAUCCUACGGGUAACUGGGACUAG